AUGGCUGAACGUGGAGGGUUCCCUGGCGGUUUUGGUGAGAGCCGUGGUGGUGGUCGCAGUGCCCGAGGUGGACGAGGUGGUAGGGGUGGGCGUGGAGGCAGAGGCGGCCGUGGUGGGGCUCGAGCAGCCGGUCGCGACGGCACAGCAGCGCACGAGGAGUGGAUCCCGACCACUAAGCUGGGACGGCUCGUGAAAGACGGCAAAAUACCAUCGCUUGAGCACAUUUACCUGUUCUCGCUUCCGAUUAAGGAGCCAGGAAUUAUCGACUAUUUUCUCGGACCUCGUCUCCAGGAUGAGGUAUUGAAGAUCAUGCCUAUUCAGAAACAGACGCAGGCGGGUCAGCGAACGCGCUUUAAGGCUAUUGUUGUUGUUGGUGACGGAAACGGGCACGUCGGUCUCGGAGUCAAGAGCGCGAAGGAGGUUGCGACUGCAAUUCGCGGAGCUAUGCUUGCUGCGAAGCUUGCAGUCGUUCCCGUGCGACGCGGCUUCUGGGGCAGCAAGCUCGGUCUACCGCACACUGUGCCGUGUAAGGUUAGUGGGAAAGCCGGCUCAGUAACGCUGCGAUUAGUGCCGGCUCCACGUGGUACCGGUAUAGUGGCAGCGCAGGUACCGAAGAAGAUACUUCAGUUUGCAGGUUUGCAGGACGUGUAUACGCAGUGCACUGGCCACUCGAAAACUCUGGGGAAUUUCGCCAAAGCGACUUACGAUGCACUGAAAAAGACAUACAGCUUCCUCACCCCCGAUCUAUGGAAAGAGACGAAAUUGAUGCCGCCUCCACAGGAACAAUUCUCGGUAUACCUCUCCAAACUAGAGAAGUCUACGACAUAA